AUGUUCGCGGCACUCAAGCCCCGUGCAUCUGCUCUCCGUGUACGCCCUCGGGCUACCAUCUUGGUCCAACGGAUCCGCUUCUACAGCAUCCCGGCCGACCUCGUGCCGAAGAAGACCAAGGUCUGGGACAACAUCGACGAGGCACUCGCCGACGUCAAGUCCGGCGACAUUGUCCUCAGCGGAGGGUUCGGUCUGUGCGGGAUCCCGGAGACAUUAUUCAAGGCACUCUCGAAGCGCAAGGACAUCAAGGAUCUCACGGCGGUUUCGAAUAACGCUGGUGUGGGCGAUCAUGGUCUCGUUAGGAUCAUCCGGGCAAAACAGUGCGAUCGUCUGAUGAUCUCGUAUCUCGGAGGGAACAAGGUCCUCGAGUCCAUGUACCUCAAGGGAGAGAUCGGACUCGAGCUUGUGCCCCAGGGCACGCUCAUUGCCCGCCUCAACGCUCAUGCGGCAGGUUUCCCUGUUAUCUACACACCGACUGGUGCAAACACUGCCGUGGAACACGGUGGCAUUCCAAUACGGUAUAACCCAGGGGGCAUGCAAAAUGGUGUACUAAUUCCGGGCAACAAGAAGAAUGCACAUGAGUACGACGGUCGCAAAUACAUCGAGGAGCCUGCUAUCGUCGGUGACGUCGCAUUGGUGCACGCGUGGAAAGCGGACGAAGUCGGCAACUUGGUUUUCAGAUACACAGCAAACAACUACAAUGCUGUUAUGGCUCGCAAUGCUAAACUGACUAUUGUCGAGGCGGAACACAUCGUUCCGGUGGGCAGCCUUUCGCCAAACGCCAUCCAUGUCCCUGGUAUCUACGUCGACAGAAUUGUGCACGCUACGGAGCCCAAAUCCAUCGAGACGUUAGCACUCGCUCGCAGCGGGGAGGAGCAGGCAAAGGCAUCAGCCGGUAGCUCAGCGAAGGACUGGCGUCACCGGAUCGCGAAGCGCUGUGCGAAGGAAAUCAAGGACGGCUACUACGUCAACCUCGGUGUUGGUAUCCCUGUUCUUGUUCCUGAGCACUUGGAUCCCGGUGUCAAGGUCUGGAUGGAGAGCGAAAACGGCAUUUUGGGUAUGGGUCCUUACCCCACGCAAGCACAGGCUGACGCCGACAUCAUUAAUGCUGGAAAGGAGACUACGACUCUGCUCCCUGGUGCCUCGUGCUUCGACUCCAUUGAAUCGUUCAACAUGAUCCGUGGAGGUCAUAUCGAUGUCACAGUACUCGGUGCCAUGCAAGUCUCACAAGCCGGUGACAUCGCGAACUUCAUGAUUCCCGGAAAGCUUGUCAAGGGUAUUGGCGGCGCGAUGGAUCUCGUCUCCAACCCUGACUUGACAAAAGUCAUCGUAACGAUGCAGCAUUGUUCGAAGGACGGCAAGCCCAAGAUCGUGAAGGAGUGCUCGCUGCCGCUCACGGGUGCGCGGUCGGUCAGCAUGAUCGUCACGGAACUCGCCGUGUUCAAUGUCGACCGCCUGGCGGGCGAGCUCGAGUUAAUAGAUGUCGCGGAGGGCGUUACUGUCGAGGAGGUCAAGGCGAAGACCGCGUGCGACUUCAAGAUCUCGAGUUCGCUGGGCCAGAUGUAA